UCCCUUUGGCCAAUGGGACGUCUAUUUACGUUCCAAAAAACAGUUCCCUAUGAGUUUUCAUUUGAGUAUUGGAAUUCAUGAAGUGAACAUCGAAUCUCUCGAUUACACUAUCGGAGAGGACAAGCUGGAAUUGACUUGAAUAUUGAAGGAUUGUCUCCUCACCAUUUCUGAGGCCUCCUCACGCCAAUGUAAUCGCUUUCGAGGAUGCAUGGCACUCCCCUCCUGUCGCCCAAGGCUGACCACGACAUCGAAAGUGGAGGUUACGACGAACCCCAACCCCCAACCAACGGCGGAGCUGCUCAGAAUUCUGACACGCUUAAGAAAGACGCUCUAAAUCGUGACAAAGGCAGCUAUUCCAAAGGAGGUCCGAGUCGAGAGAAAUCCAAAUAUCAGUAUCACACCCAUCGACGAAGCUACGAUAGCGGGAGAACCACGGACAGCGAGGAUAACAAGAUGCCUUCUAAUCCACGGGAUUCAAAAAGUCUGGGAGAAAUGGCUUGCGAUGAAGGCCCGGGUUUGUGUGCCCAUCUCAUUACGUUCAUAUCCAUUCUCCUCGUACUCGUCACAAUUCCGUUCUCGCUUUGUUUCGCAGUCAAGGUUGUUCAAGAGUAUGAGCGAGUAGUCAUUUUUCGUUUGGGUCGGCUUUUAAGUGGAGGAGCUCGUGGACCAGGGAUCUUCUUCAUUGUUCCAUGUGUGGACUCCUACCAAAAGGUGGACAUGAGGACAUUGACUUUUGACGUCCCUCCCCAAGAGAUUCUAACCAAAGAUUCGGUGACAGUCCAUGUUGAUGCUAUCAUGUACUACAAAGUGUCAAAUGCAACUUGCGCCAUUUCCAAUGUAGACGAUUAUGGACAAUCAACGCGGCUUUUAGCGGCCACCACUCUAAGGAAUGUGUUGGGUACAAAGAACCUGGGCGACAUUCUUUCUGAGCGAGAAUCCAUUGCCAACAUGAUGCAAAGCACUUUGGACGAGGCAACAGAUCCCUGGGGAGUGAAAGUCGAACGUGUGGAGGUAAAAGAUGUCCGCUUGCCCCAACAACUACAAAGAGCUAUGGCGGCUGAGGCCGAGGCGGCCCGUGAAGCUCGGGCUAAGGUGAUUGCGGCUGAAGGUGAACAUCAGGCCUCCCGAUCCUUGGCCAAUGCGGCUGAGGUCAUUGCUCAAAGUCCCGCUGCUCUGCAGCUCCGAUAUCUUCAAACUUUGAACAAUAUAUCGGCAGAGAAGAACAGCACAAUCGUUUUCCCUGUCCCCGUGGAUAUUAUCUCUCAUUUGAUGGGAAUGAAAGGCUCAGAUGAAAGAAGUCGGACACAAACCCCGAUGGAGACACUGGUCCAUUAGCCGAGGUUGCGAAGAAUUUCCGAUAAACGUUCCGACGUCAAGAAUACCCUGUUGCGUUCCAGUUUGUAACAAUGUUGGUUUUCAUUCCGCCAAGGUUAAUUCAGUUAUUAUUGCUUAGCCCAACUGCCACUUGAGACUUGUAAAUUAUGGACAUAAACAAACACAAAUACACUGCUAAACAAUCGCCCAUCUACUAACUGUAUCCCAGUCCCAAAUAAUUCAGUCUAUUUGAUAUAGAACAAAAAUCACUGAUCGAAGAAGCCCUCUUUAUCCAAUAAACAAUAAUUUUGAAAUACAAUACCAAAUAAGUUUAA